UUAAUAGAAAAAAAAAUACAUAUAUGAUUAAAAGAAAGGGAGGUGACACAAGCUUAUCAUUUGUGAGUCCUUUUUGAAUCCAUCAUUUUCCCAAUCCCAAUCACAUGCCACCACCUCCAAAGCCAAAACUCUUUUAUUUCCUUUCUAUUUAUACCUCUCCAUUCCCUUAUAAGCCCAUCCACAAAUUUGUUGCCAAACAAGCAAAACUACACUUGCUAUUAUUAUAACUCCCUCAAAGCUAGUUCAUUUUUCUUUAGCUCUUCCCCAAUUUUCAAUUCAAUUCAAUAUAAUGAUCCAAGCUAUUGAUCAUCAUCAUGAGGCCAUAUUCUCAGGAAGGUGCAUUUUGGUCAAUGGACCUGUCAUUGUUGGAGCUGGCCCAUCUGGUCUAGCUGUGGCUGCCGGUCUAAGCCAGCAAGAUGUUCCCUAUAUUGUCCUUGAAAGGGCAAACUGUGUUGCCUCCCUUUGGCAAAACAAUACUUAUGAUCGCCUUAAACUUCACCUUCCAAAACAAUUCUCUCAACUUCCUUACAUUCCUUUCCCCGAAAACCUCCCCGAGUACCCAACCAAGUCCCAAUUCAUCGAUUACCUCCAAUCCUACACUAAGAAUUUCGAUAUCAAGCCUAGGUUCAAUGAGGCGGUUAAGUCCGCCAAGUACGAUGAGACUUGCGGCCUUUGGAGGGUCAAGACAGUGCUAGCUGGAGACCACCACCGUGGAGAGGUGGUGGAAUACAUUUGCCGGUGGCUGGUGGUGGCGACAGGGGAGAACGCAGAGAAGGUGGUGCCUGUGUUCGAAGGGGAGGAGGAAUUCGCAGGAAAUAUCGUGCAUGCUUGUGAUUAUAAAUCAGGUGAGGGUUUUGGUGGGAAAAGAGUGUUGGUUGUUGGAUGUGGAAACUCUGGCAUGGAGGUUUCUCUUGAUCUUUGUCUCAACAAUGCUUCUCCUUCGAUGGUUGUUCGAAGCUCGGUUCAUAUCUUGCCAAGGGAGAUCUUGGGGAAAUCAACGUUUGGAUUGGCGGUUGAGAUGAUGAAAUGGCUUCCGGUUAAGGUAGUGGAUAAAAUAUUACUAGUUGCAUCAAGGUUGAUUCUUGGAAACUUGGAGAAAUAUGGAUUGAAAAGGCCUGCAACUAUGGGACCAUUAGAACUGAAAGACAGAGAAGGGAAAACCCCUGUUCUUGACAUUGGAGCUCUUGAGAAAAUCAAAUCUGGUGAGAUCAAAAUAGUGAGUUCUGGGAUCAAGAAACUCUCUAGGGGAAGUGUGGAGCUUGUUAAUGGACAACAUCUUGAGAUUGAUUCAAUCAUUUUGGCAACUGGGUAUUGCAGCAAUGUUCCUUCAUGGUUAAAGGAAAAUGAUUUCUUCUCAAGCAAUGGAUUCCCAAAAUCGCCAUUUCCAGAAGGGUGGAAAGGAAAAGCCGGAUUGUACACUGUUGGAUUCACGCGAAAAGGUUUGUCGGGGGCAUCGAUAGAUGCCAUAAAGGUGGCGGAGGAUAUCGGAAAGAUAUGGAGAGAAGAAACGAGGCACUCGGUUGCUAUCGCUUGCCAUAGGAGAUGAAUUUAUGUUCAAUCGCAAUCGCGUUGUUGAUCUUCAAGUUGGUCUAACAUUUCUCUUUGUAUUUUUUGUACAAAUUAAUAUGUGACUAAAAAUAUAUAUAUAAUCAGAUCAGCAGCCCUCCUCCAUGAAUUUCCUACUCUUGGAAUGACUUCAAUUCCAUUUUUAUCAAUUAAGUUAAGGAAGAUGAGGCUUUUUCUUAUGUUUGGUUCUUCAAAUGUUCUUAGCUUUAUUAUGUUCAAUUUCAAUAAUAAAAAAAAAAGGUUACUUUUUAA